AUGGCGGCGGGGAAGGCGGCGGCCGAGCCCCUGGGGCGGACGGCGGAAGAGGUGGCUUGGGCGGAGGCGCUGCGCGGGGCCUGCGAGCCCGAGCACCACUGGCGGCACCGCCGGGAGUUCCUGCUGCGCAACGUGGGGGAGCCGCCGGCGGCGGGCAGCGCCCAGCUCCAGCGCCUGGUGUCCCUCUCCAUGGUGUGGGCCAACCACGUCUUCCUGGGCUGCCGGUACCCGCCGCAGGUCAUGGAGAAGGCGCUGGAAAUGGCCGAAGGCAUCCAAGUGACCGGCGCGCCUGUCCGCACCACGAGAGAUGAACUGGUUGCCAAGGUGAAGAAAAGAGGCAUAUCAAGUAGCAAUGAAGGGGUAGAGGAACCCUCCAAGAAACGAGCUGUUGAGAAAAGCAAAGAUUCUAAGGAUACUGGAAAGGAUGUGAAAACGACCAAGGCAGAAGCCCCAAAGGAAACAGAGAGCACAUUGCCAAAAAAGCAGGAAAAAGGUACUAGCAAAGAUCCAGAAAGCUCCCAGUCAACUUGCAGUUCAAAUCAAGAAAUGGUCACAGCAUCAGACAGAGAAACAGAAGGAAAACCUGCUAAUGCUGAAAAUACUACUGAGCAAAAUCCGUCUUCAUCUGAAGAGCAAGGAGAGAAGCCUUGCUCAAAUCCACCUAAGGAAAGCAAGUGUGAAACUGUGCCGUCACCUGAAAAGAAAACUACAGUAAGUGCAGCGCCAGCGGCCACCAAGAGCGCCCCGCAGGCAGAGGCGGUGCCAGCGGCCGCGCCAGCGGCCGCCAAGAGCGCCCCGCAGGCGGCGGCGGCGGCGGCAGCCACCAAGAGCACCCCACAGGCGGCGGCGGUGGCAGCCACCAAGAGCACCCCACAGGCGGCGGCGGUGGCAGCCACCAAGAGCACCCCACAGGUGGCGGCGGUGGCAGCCACCAAGAGCACCCCACAGGUGGCGGCGGUGGCAGCCACCAAGAGCACCCCACAGGCGGCGGCGGCAGCCACCAAGAGCACCCCACAGGUGGCUGCGGCGCCGGCGGCCACCAAGAGCACCCCGCAAACAAGUGCUACAUUGCUGUCUUCCAAAAACCAAGCGAGUGCCCCAGCAUCAGUGUCCAAGAGCGGCACUCAGGCGGGCAGCUCGCUGCUGCUGGCCCCCAAGAGCGGGACUCAGGCCGGCACCUCACUGCUGCUGGCCUCCAAAGGCACUGCUAAGGCGGGCUCCUCCCUCCUGGCCUCCAAGAGCAGCGCCGAGGUGGCUGCGUCGCUGCUAGCUGCUCGGAGCGGCACUCAGCAGGGAUCCUCACUGCUGACUUCCAAGAGCAGCGCUCAGGUGGCUGCUUCGCUGCUGGCCGCUCGGAGCGGCGCUCAGCAAGGUCCCUCAUCACUGGCAUCCCGGGGUGGCGGCCAGGCAGGUGCUUCCCUGCUGGCCUCCAAGGGUGGCACACAGGCAGCUUCACCACAGCUUGCCUCCAAGAGUGGCUCGCAGGCAGGUGAAAGCCCUGCUAAGGCUUUGUGCAAACCGUUAACCAGCGAAGAUGCAAAGGAAAGACAACCUUUUUUCAACAGACUAUACAAAGCUGUAGCAUGGAAACUGGUUGCUGUCGGAGGCUUCAGUCCUAACGUAAAUCACGCAGAACUUCUAAACUCAUCUAUUCAGUCUGUCAAAGCUACGUUAGAUGUUGCUUUUGUUCCCCUGAAGGAACUUGCAGACUUGCCUCAAAAUAAGAGCUCUCUAGAAAAUAUAGUUUGUGAACUGAGGUGCAAGUCUGUCUACUUGGGUACUGGCUGUGGUAAAAGUAUGGAAAAUGCCAAAGCGGUUGCUUCAAGAGAAGCUUUGAAAUUAUUCCUCAAGAAGAAAGUUAUUGUGAAGAUAUGUAAAAGAAAAUACAAAGGUAGAGAAAUUGAAGAUUUGGUACUUCUGGAUGAAGAAUCAAAACCUUCGAAUUUACCUCCAGCUUUAAGAAAUCCUCGUGAGAUCUUGUAGGGGAGAAUUGCUGUUUGUACCGUGUAUAGUAUUUCAACACAAGGACUGAAGGUUAAUUUUGUACUUUAAAAACGUAGGCUUCCAGAUAUUUUGUAUUUCUUUCUCAGUUUUGCAAGACAAUGAUAGUCCUUUCACUUGGUAGCAAUUGUAUAAAACUUGUUAGAGAUGACAAGUGUGCAUUUAAAGGUAUGCCUUAAUAUAUAGCGCACACUAGUGUGCUGUUUUAUUUGCAAAAUAGUCUACCUAAUUCUUCUAUUUUUAAUUAAACAAGGUACAAUUUGCUGUUUAAAACCUGACAAUUUUGUAAUUCUUACGAUUUAAUGGCAGUGUGCUCAAUUGUCUACCAUGUCUUUUUUAGCCACAUAGAAGUAUGUAUAUAGGGACCAUAAUACUUGAAUGAUUGAAAGUUGUUUAAAAAUUUCAAUCAAAAAGUUGAAUUAUCUGUUUCAGGCUUGUUGCUUGUAAUGUUCACUGUUGCUCAUACUAGGAGAGAAAUAGUUGGUUGACUAUUUUUAUGGGAUGUUUUCAUAACACUCACAAUAUAAAUGAUACCCUGAUCCCAUUUAACAUACUGGCAAAUUAUCAAUUAGCAGUCAAGUCACAGCUACUUCAGCCACCAAAACUCUGUCAGCGCAUUUAAUUUAUAUUGUGAAAUAUCAUUUACAGGUUUUUUUCAAUAAACAUGGAUUUCUAUACUAAGCAUAUUUUGACUGCUACUAAAACAAUAAAACCUCUGGGAUAUGCUUUUAUAGUACUUUGGUUUUGGCUAUUAAAUAUUCCAGCCAUUUCAAUAACAUUGCAACACCUUAAGAAAGGCUUUACUUCGAGUGGCUUCAAGGUGUAAUCCCACAACGAUGAGUUGUUUUCUUUGGAUGCAUAGCUGAAAUACUGUAAGACUGAUAAGAGUGGACCUAUAGAAUAUCUAUUUCUACUUUUGUAACACCAAGAUAAGCAAAAUGAAGAUGCUGCUGUCUGCUAGAGACAGUCAGUGUAUUGUAAAGCAUUCACACUAACUGAGCCCUUCCUCUGCUACAUUUUUACGCCAUGUACAGAAUGGUUUGAAGCAAAGGAAGUGGGAGAUGACCUUUUAUUUUCAGUGUUACUGAAAUACCUGCACAAACUGCAUGUUUUGAUAUAUUGGAUAAUGACAUGUAAUUGUAAAAACAUAAUGUCUUCAGUGCUAUUUUGAAUUUAUCUUGUCCGAUUACAGUAGUUGGCAUCAUUUAGUGGCGACCUUACACUUGACUGACAGAUCCGUUGAUCGAGUACUACAGGAGUGAAUAGCAAUUCCUGGGAUCUCAGUAGUAUAUAUGUCCACGUAAAGACUUCAAGUUCUUUUGUGAUUUUGGGACUAAACCACGAUGGCGUUGUUACACUGUACCCUACGUGAUUUUGAACAGCUGUGGCUGUCCGGUCCGUAGCACCUGAAGCCUGCAAGGCGCUCGCGCUUCCUGAUGGCCGGUUGAGAGCUUCCUCCGUCUGACCCCUGUGCUUCUGUGCCCUCGGUCGCCCUUCGCUCUAGUUAGGUUUCUCAGGAGUUCCCCCUCGGUGUUUCUGGAGCACCACCCGGCGUUGGGAACGCAGAGCAUCAAAUUGCGUCUUACACAGCCUAAGAAUUGGUGCGCGCUUCUAGGGCAGAGCGAGUUUCGUGCUGUAUUUAGGAGUUGUGGUAUUCACGCCAGGAAGCGCGAGAUCUGUUUUCAAAUUCUCACCCUGUUCAGGUGGAGACACCGAAUGACUGUUUUUGCGGGGCUGUGCCCUCUGAGGUACAGCUUUUCUAGCUGUUAGUUUGGGCAUCUCCAGAUUUCUGGUUGAGAAUUUUGCAGCAUGUCUUGCCACGUGAAAACCUGUGUUUCCCAUCUGUAAAGCGAAGCUCACAGUACUUACUGACCUCAAGGGGGGGGUUAGGGUAACUGUGUUAAAAGGCUGAGGUGCUAGAUGCCUUUUUUUAAAGUCCUGACUUAAGCUUACUUUUUUUAAAGUUUUUGAAUGUUAUUCCUCUUUGAUGUUUGGUUGUGAUUCAUUAAAGGAUGAGUCUGUAGCUAC